AUGGGGCCCUCCAACGCAAACCGCAAGAGACCGACCGAAUUCACACGCAAGGCCAUUGGCCAAAGAACUGCCUGGCACAAGGCCUACAAACAUCACAACCUAUCCAAUAUUAUCACUGGCAAGAUCCCCAAGGUCAUACGGGCCAUCGAUAGCGCCAAGGCAAGGCUGAAGAAAGCGAGGACUGAGAAAGCUGCCGAUGUGGAGUGUCGACAUCUUGAGAGAAGCCUAUUGGCCAUCAACGACAGCUACACAAAGAUCAGAAACAUUUUGCGGGAAGGGAAUGACAUGCAUCGAUGGAACGAGUUCCCAGGUCUUGAAGCAGUGGUCAACCAAGUCGACAGCAUAGUCUGGUCUGAUUUAAAAGGCAAAGGCAUUCCUGGUGGGCGGGUCGAAUUUGAUCUCCCCAAAUUUGACAACGGCACUUCGCUGAGCAAGGCCAAGGCCAAGAAACCCAAAAGCGUGGCCACUGAUAUCGUUGACAAGAGCAAAUCAACACAGACGCAGAGCCCGAACAAACCAGGGCUGUCGAUGGAAACUAAAUCCUCAAAACUGCAUCCACGACCAGAGUUCGCGGGCCCCGACGACCAACAGCAGCAUCUUCACCACUUCAACGCUCUUAUCCGGCUCAUCCUCCAUAUCCCUGGCAAGAGCCCGUGCAAUCGUACUACCAUUCCCAUGUCCUCUCCUACCAUGUCAUGCCUUACUACCAGGUCGACAACUGCAAGCCUGGACCCGGCAGAUCUGAUCAUGGGCAACCCGAACCUCGAAUCUCAGGCAGUCCUGGUCAACCCCAGCCUCAUGCCUUCUCACAGCCUCCCGCGGCUGGAAGGCAUCACGGCUUUGCACCUGUUUGCUCCACAAAAGCCACCUGUGACUUUGGAGACACUUUCGACUUCAGAAUUGGGACCCGUCAUAGCGAAGCAGCCUGACAACCAGCAACUAUGCAAGAGGGAGUCUCCUGACCCACUGGAGCCUUCAAUAUCCGAUCAUCAGCGCUGCAAGAGGGAAUCUUCUGACUCAGUUCAGCCCUUGGAAUCCGGUCAUCCGCGACUCCUCAAGCGCCGUAGGGCAGUUGGAACCGAGACUGUGUCUGAGGCUGAUGACCCUCAGUCCAGCAAGCGCAGGCCUUUGCGACUUCCAAAUGGCCUGCCAGACUCAGAUUUUGGGACUUGGUUUGAACACAAGGUCACUCGCAACAAAAACAAGCUGAGCCGCAUACGCUCGGAUCUUGGUGCCUCUGGCUCGCCUCGGUGA